CGUAGAGUGCGUUAGACGCCGUGAGUCGAUCGCUCUGGUUUACGAAUAUUCGCCAUCCGGGGUCACCGUGCGUGCAUCGCAAGGCCUACGAAAGUCGUCGCACGUUACCUGCGCAUAACCGCGGCCCGCGACAGUCCGUAUUGUGGCAGUUUUACGCCUUGAAUUUCGGACGCACUCGACUAGCGUAUAUUCGUACGACGGCCAUGUUUGGUGUUUACGACGUGAGGGGGAAUCGCUGACGUCACGCGGCGAGCGGGCCGAUCUCGCCCGAAUCCGAACGACGCGGCGACUACGGACGACAGCAGCGACGGCAGCAGGCAGCAGCACCAACAAUCACGAAAAGCGUGCGUGUGUGUGUGUGUGUGUGCACGUCGUGCCGUCAUCACGCCGGUAGUUAUCGAAACGCGCGUUCGCGUAUGACGAAUGAAAAACCGACUGCGCGAUUGAGAAAAGACGCCGUGCGCGUCGGCGACGCGUUCGCGAACACCAUCCGUUGGAUUUUUUCUCGCUCUCUUUCUCUCUUUCUGUCUCUCUCUUUCUCUCUCUUUCUCUUGACGGAACGCGCCCGACUUCACUCACCGUGCUCGAUGCAGCUACUGGCCUUUCAAAAAACAUUCGCGCCUCGCCGUUUCAUCCUUCGUCCCUUCUUCAUUUUUAUCUUCGUUUCUGACGCUGAAAUAGCAUACCUCCUCUAAAAAUUUGCCUCUUCGAAACUGAUGAUCAUUGGGCGAUACUACUACGUUCUCGCGUAGACAACACGGACGCGUCGCGAUCGCAUACGAAUCUGACAACGCACGAUGAUGCGCGACGCGAAGAUGACACGAUUGCCGACUCGAGAUACGACCCUAGAUACGAUCGUACCACGUGGUUAAUCGCGCACGUGUUUCGCGUCUCCACUCGCGGCGCAUGCCGGUAUCUGUACCUUGUGUUCGAAAGGUGCGGAUCGUUCAGAACAGACCGAUUAUUCCGCGAUAUUAUAUACUGUCAUCUCUCUCUCUCUCUUUCUUGACUUCCGUGGAACGUGUGUCUGUGCGCGUGAUCGAUCUACCGUGUCAGUGUGUACCGCUACGUAUGGUGUUUCGUAGGAUAUCACGCGCGACACCACGCAUCCAUAGACUGAUCAGAGGACAUCUUCACGCUUGUCCGGAAUAUCAGGAUUAAAGAUCUACACGACAGCCAUGGAACUAGGCGAUAGAGUUUACGCCGCGGAACGUAUCACGAAGAAGAGAGAAAAGCGGGGCAAAAUUGAAUACUUUGUCAAAUGGAAAGGAUGGAGUAAAAAAUAUAACACAUGGGAGCCGGAAGAAAAUAUUUUGGACGUCAGAUUGAUUGAAUUGUAUGAGGAAAGUCAGAAAGGCGGAGAUGUAUCCACCAGAAGACCAAGGCGAAGGGAUACCAGAUAUAAUGAACAGGUACUAGCUAAUCUGAUAGUCGAGGAGGAACCCGGUGGAGAUGAAAGAGUAGGCGAAGAUAGUCAGGACGAAUCGACAACAGGCAGCACUUCGGCGCCUCGUUUGAAUCCAGUAGCUCCGGAUGAAGACACACUUCCGAGUUCCUUGGACGGUCACGAAUCUCCGACACCGCCAGAAUUGGCAUCGACAUUCAGCGUCGAUUCUGACAGUUCCAACAGUAGCGUGGAUAUACCCUUAUUACCCAGGAAAGAAUUGGGCACAAAGAGGAAGGCGGAAGUCCUCAGCAAAGAAUCUGGCAAGAUCGGCGUGACAAUUACCACAAGUAAUCCCAACACCGGUAGUGGUAGCCCGCCGCCAAGCAAAGUUCCUCGAUUAUUGCCUUUAAAGAACAAUCCCACAACGCCGUCUUAUCAUAGUCACAAAGUCAACGGUAGAAGGCCUUCGUCCUCCAGCGUAAAGUCGACGCCAGAAGAGCCUCUUCCGGCGGUACCAACGACACCGGCACCGGCAGUACAGGAUAAAAAGCGUCCUGAAGCUGAUGUACCUCAUGGCCCGCCGCCAUCUCUUCCACGUGCACCUCCCGCACCACUAUCUCCUCAGAUAGAUACACCCCUGGAACAAUCUUCAACAAAGAAGAGGCAUUUAUCAGAACAGAAACAGGACAAAUCGAAUGGAGCAGUCACUGCUGACAAAGCGAACGGUCAUAAAUCACCAAGUCCCACAGAUUCUUACACCAACAACAAUAGGUUACCGACUGUCGUAAACGGACAUCACAGUCAUAAUAAUAACAUUAAUAAUAACAACAACAAUAACACUUCAAGUGUCAAACAGACCGAAAUUCCAAAGUCGGAAAUCUACGCUCCGCUCACAAGCCCCAGCACGGAUUAUUGGCAUGCCAGGAAUCCAGUGGCCGAUCAAGUGUUUAUCACGGACGUUACUGUUAAUCUGAAAACCGUUACCAUCAGGGAGUGCAAGACUGAAAAGGGUUUCUUUCGGGAGAGAGAUCCCAAAGAAACUCUUUGAACCCUCGAAAACGCGAUAUCUAUCAAUAAUGCUGCAUCGGGGAUAUCUGCUCCGAAUUAUAUUGAAUUAUUGUAAAUAAAUAUAAAUUAUUUUCACACACGGAUGUUAAGACUAGGAUGUAAUUAUAGUAUCAAGCAAAAUUAAACUUUUUUAAUGAUGAGAUGACGAUGAUAUAUCAUAGUAUAGCAAAAAAGAAAAAAAAAUUAUAGUCGGGCUCGUGCGCUUCACGCAGAAAUCUUUACAAUCCGUAUGCAAAAAAAUCUCAAAAAACUCGAAUAAACAGUGAAACUAGAUUGAUCAGUAGUAGAGAAUUGUUUUCUGUCAAAUUGAAAAUUAAAACAGUUACAUUUGUGAACAUACUUUACUCAGACUUGCGAAUCUGUGUAAAUUUAUUGUAAAUAUUGUAAUGAUAACGUAUGAUGAUAUUGUAUAAGGAAUCGAAAAUGUGCAUCAUACCUAUUAUUACAAACCGCAUUUGUAUAUUUGAAAACGCUUGGUAGAUUUUAACCACAUACAUGCUGAAGAUCUAGAUAAUAUUAAAGGAUGCUACGUCUUCUAGUUGUUUUCAUUUUUUGAUUCUCUUAGAACUUUGCUAAAAGAGAGAACGCUAUAAAUAAAACUAUUAUAAUAAAA